AUGAAGUCGACGGUUCUCUUUGCCCUGCUAGGUUCAGCGGCCCAGCAAGUGGUUGCGCACUCCAUUUUUCAACAGCUAUGGGUCAAUGGCGCAGACAUGAUGAGUCACGGUUCCGACUGCGCCAGAGUUCCGCGAUCCAACUCGCCAGUAACCAGCGUCAGCAGCAUAGAUAUGAGGUGUAACGUCGGGGGGAGCCGUGGAGUAGGAGGCAAGUGCCCUGUCCCGGCGGGCGGCACAGUUACAAUCGAGAUGCAUGCUCAACCCGGUGACCGCUCCUGCAACAACGAAGCCAUCGGCGGCGCGCACUACGGACCCGUCAUGGUCUACCUCAGCAAGGUCGGCAACGCCGCGACGGCGGACGGCUCCUCUCCGUGGUUCAAGGUAUUCGAGGACGGAUGGACAUCGGCCGGCAGCGUGGGCGACAACGACCAGUGGGGCGUCAAGGACCUCAACAAGUGCUGCGGCAAGAUGGACGUGCCGAUCCCCGCCUCGCUCGCCCCAGGCGACUACCUGCUGCGAGCCGAGGUCAUCGCCCUGCACACGGCCGGCAGCAGCGGCGGCGCGCAGAUGUACAUGACGUGCUAUCAGAUCACCGUGUCCGGGUCCGGCACCUGGCAACCCUCGGCGGCCGAGCAAGCGUCGUUCCCUGGUGCGUACAAGGCGGCCGACCCGGGUAUCCUGUUCAACAUCCACGCCGCCGUCAGCAAUUACGUCGUUCCGGGGCCCAAGGUCGUGUCGGUCGGGACGACCAAGAAGGCUGGCAGUGGCUGCAGUAGCGGGUGUGCGAGCACGUGCAAGCCUGGGUCUGGGAGUAAGGGUUCAGUUGUGCCCGCGACACCGGGAGCUGGUGGGAGCGGGGGUGGCGCUGGCGCUUGUGCGCAGAGGCAGUAUGAGCAAUGUGGUGGAGGCAGCUGGACGGGCUGCACUACCUGUCAGGAGGGUACCACCUGUCGAGACGUCUCGAAUGGCUUUUACAGUCAAUGUGUCUGA